AUGAAGGGGAGAAGCACCCUCCUGCUGGUGGCCCUCACCCUGCUCUGCUCCUGCGGGCUGGCCAUCGGGGAUGACAACAGUGACUUUUUCAUGGACUUCCUGCAAACGCUGCUGGUGGGGUCCCCAGAGGAGCUAUAUGAGGGACCUCUUGGCAAGUACGAUGUCAAUGCAGAUGCCAAGGCAGCACUGACGGAGCUCAAGUCCUGUAUCGAUGGCCUACAGCCUAUGCACAAGGCAGAGCUGAUCAAGCUGCUGGUGCAAGUGCUGGGCAGUCAAGAUGAUGCAUAG